AGAACAAGGAUAGUUUGUGAUUUAAAGUUUUCGUGAAACUUUAUGCUUUUGUCAAGUGCAUUUAAAUACAUAUAUUGAUAAUAUUAUCGUUAUUUUUUUGGUUAAAUGAUUAUUUGUUUGAAUGAAAAUUGAGAAAAAUAAAUAAUAAUUUGGUAUCGUUUUUCGCAUAAAUCUCUAUAGAAAAUGAGAAUGAUCCAGGGAUCUCUGUUAAUUUUCUUUCAAUCAAUGCUUCAGAGGAAAUCCUUGCGAUUGACGCGGUUGAUCGAAUGUCAAUAUGCUAAUUUCAAAGAUUAGAUUUCAGAUAUUGACUGGAAAUCUACAUUUAAAAAAUAUUUUCUUCCGUAUCAUGGAUUUUUUUUUAUCAAAGAUUUCAUUCAAAUGAAAUUUCUUAUUUCUAUCUUCUUAUUAGCUUUUUAAGAAAAUAUCCACGAAAAUUUUUAUCAGAUUAAUUUUUCAGCACGUAAUUAGAUAAGUUUAGAAACAGGAAAUUACAGGAAAUAAUUUGUUUCAAAGUAACAAUUGACAUUCAAAAUUAUAAAAAUAAAGAAUGUCACACUAUGUUUUAUUAAUUUAUUUUAUGAUAUUUUAUUCUUUUUUUUCCUUUUCUCUCAAGAUUUAUGUUGUUAUUUAUUAUAUUUCCUUUUCAUUAAUUUUAAUGUUGCGCUUCAACAUAUAUAUGAAUCGGAUAUGAAUAAUAUUGAUAAAAAGUGAAAUUUGAAUUACAACUAUCAUAUAUUAAGAAAAAAAUAUUUUCACUUUCUUAAACAUAAUUCUGUAAUAAUGCAAGAUGCAGUAAAGUUUUGAAUUGAAAAGUAUUCAGAAUUUAAUGUUUAUCACCCAAUAAAAAUUUUCAAACAAAAUUUUGUUUAAGACAAAGUGAAAAAGUGCUGAAACUUUAAGAAUUCAUUUUAUUCAUAACUAUAAUAAUUCAUUAAGUUUUACAUAGACAUAAAUUUUCAUUAAAACUAUAUUUUUCUAUUCGAAUAUUUUCAAGAACUAUUAUAUGUCUAACUUGAGCAUAUAAUUGAACUGUUAACAUUGUUGACAUGGAGAAUACGAAACACCGGAAGUCGAGGGAAUACUCACACUAAGAUAGUUCUCGCCCACUGGUCUUUAUAAACUUUGAACACGAGGAGCAUAAUCAAACUGGAAUAUCAUCAACAAAUUUCUAAGGUGAUCACGAGAGAAUUCGGUGGAGGAUAGAAAAUGGCGGCAUACAAGUUAUCCGGAAGGGCUCGUUCAGAUUCCUCGGUGAAAUAGAGAGGAACGAAUUAUCGUAUCGUAUCGAUAAGCCUCGAAGGAUAAUCAACCACGAGACGUGUCUUGACUUUUCGAGUGUCCAAGAAACGCGUAAUGAACACCGGUUCAUCGUUACACCUGUUGCAUCACAAACUACUUCCCCCGUGAUCCCUUCGCUCGAAAUUCUUCGAUCGAUCGAAAGAAACGUCCAAUGGAGGACGAAAGCUCACAGCUUAAUUCGUGGAACAAGCGAUGCUCGAAGUUUCGAUCCACGGAAUGUAAGAUGAAAUGAACGAUUUAAUCAAACGAUUUGGGGCAAGAGAGAGAGGAAAAGAGCGCGCGAGGGGGAGAGAGAACAAGAUGAUCGACGGAGUGAAUGUGACAGAGACACGAAUAUGCCGUUUACAGGAAGAUCUCGAAAUGUUGGAGGAUCCUCGAAUACCGCCGCUGAAACGAAUCAGCUACGGCAUUGUUCUGCCUACCAUCUGUUGCUUUGGCAUCGUUGGAAAUAUUUUAAAUCUCAUAGUCCUUACCAGGCGCAACAUGCGAGGAACCGCUUACAUCUACAUGAGGGGUUACUCGGCAGCAGCGCUGCUCGCGCUUCUUUUCUGCAUCCCUUUUGACAUGAGAGUUCUUAUCCAUAAAGAGACAGGCAGAUGGAGCAGUUGGAUACAAGCUUUCUAUCACACUCACCUCGAGCUCUUCUUGGGGAAUGGUUGUUUGGGAGUUGGAGUUAUGAUGCUGCUAGCUUUGACAGUGGAACGUUACGUUAGCGUUUGUCGGCCUGGUCAGCACACUCGUCCACUCUGUGGCCCUCCGCAUUUAACCGUGGCACUUAUUCCCCUCGCCACGUUCCUAGUUUAUCUGCCAAAUGUGUUCCGGGAAGAAGUAGCGACUUGCCUCCUGGCGCUUGGCGGACCUGUUAUUUAUCAGAAGAGGGAGAAUCACUUCUAUCUCGACUCGUUGUUUUAUCAAGUGUACAAAGUGGUAUUGGAAAUCGUUUUCAAAGUAGCACCGACGAUACUUUUGGCUGGUUUCAAUCUUCGAAUAAUGGUGGUCUAUCGGCGAUCCUGCGAACGUCGUCGACGGAUGACACUGUCCAGGACGACGAGCAACGAUGAAGAUUCGAGAACGUUCGCGGAAGAAAAAAGGCUCGUGCUUCUUUUAGGGAGUACCAGCAUCCUGUUCCUCGUCUGCGUUAGCCCUAUGGUAAUUCUGAAUGUUACAUUGAGGGAAAGCAAUCUCAGCCACUAUCCUUACCAGGUAUUUCGCGCCCUGGCCAAUCUGUUAGAGGUAACGAAUUAUUCCAUCACAUUCUACAUUUACUGCCUGUUCUCGGAAGAUUUCCGAAACACCUUGAUCCGCACUCUGCAGUGGCCUUGGGGGAAGAGCAACCAGGGAGGAAGAGGACUUCCGAUGAAGCGUUCCUCCGUGGCCAGGCCAACAACCACCAUUACCACCACCACCACCACCACACCACCGACCACCGCCGUUGCGACUCCUGGUCAUUUAGCGCGCGCCAGCGUUUAAGUCCAUUUUCCCCCUCCCCAACCGAGAUCCUACGAAAAUCCGCGAACAUAACCGAAUUCGACCGAUCGUAAAUUUCGAAUGCAGUACGUGUAAUCUGAUCCCAGCUCACCGAACAGGGGAGAGUUGCAUAAUCCGUACAGAUCUUUUAAAUCGUAUCUCUGCUUUUAUGUGAACGGAUGUGGUGCCCUCUGGAGGGCUCUGUAUAUAUUAACUAGCAAUACCAAAUGUAAAAAAGAAUUAGUCGAUUAAAUUAAAUGAUAAUUAUAAUUUAAUGGACACUUACUGAGGGAGAAAGGAAAAGGUAAGACUGAUGUGUGUAAGUUUCAUCGAUGUAUAAUGAUUAUCAAUAUUAUUGUAAAAUGCGGUUCAUUAUGAUCUCCUUAUUGACAAUUUUUUUUCUUAGGUAAGUUAAGUUGAAUUAAGUUAGGUUUUUCUAAAUCGUACUAUUAAUAACGAAGAUUGUAUGAAAGAUAUGAUGGUUUCAUAAAAUUUGUGAAUUGUAUAGAAAAAAGAAAAAAAAAAGGAAAUAAAAAGAUCAAAAUUUAUGCAUGCUAAAUGUAAUGAAAUAAAUAAGUAAAUAAGUAAAUGAGGUACGAUUUAGGAUACAGUUGCGUAAAUCGUACUUUUUGAAUAUUUUUAGAAAAUAUAGUACAUCAAAUAAAUUAAAUGAUGAAUUAUAUUAUGAAAAUAUAUAUUGUUUCUCAUUGUUCUCAUUUAAAGAAAAAUUUCAGAAAGUCUUGGCAAUAUUUUGUGAAUUGUACGAUAUUAACAACUUUCCCCUGUCCUAAAUUUUAUAAUGCGAUAUCGAUUGGGAUACUGUAAAAUAUUAAAUAUCGCGAGAGUGAUUUUGUUGCCAAUGAACACUGCGAUGAAUAGAAUAAUUCUAUUGGCGACUAAAUUCAACUGCUCGAUAAUUUCGUUUUUAUACAAAGUGUCCCCGAAAUCGAUCAAGAUUUAACUGGUGGACGAUUUUAAAUAACUUUUUCCUUUGCGCUAAUUUUCAUUCUGGUUUUGUUAACGAGUUAUUAAUGAAAAACAUUGAUCACAGAGCGCGUACCGCGUUAUGGCGAUAGUGUUGGGUAUGCGUUGUCAACGAGUUUGAACAAACAAUAGAAACACGUGUCACUAAUGAGUUGUUGUAAGAAUAUUUUAUAAUACAAUUAUUAUCUUUCUUAUUUUUAUUGAUAUACUCUUACAUUUUCUAAAAGUAGCACGUGUUUUGUUAACUUUUUUUUUUUACCAAUACAUGUAUAUUUACCGCUAUUUGUUAUGCAGAGUUUGUUAUGCAAUCGUAAUAAAAUAAUUAAAUAUUUGAAGUUAAAAAA